AUGGCAGUAGCAGCUGGCCCAUCACACAUCAUUGCAGAUGACUCUUCUGCAAAUUCAGAACCACAAGCACCAGUGCCUAUAGCUGGUCCGGACAAGCACACUGAAUUUGAUGCUGGAAAUGAGGGUGUUCAGAGCCCAGUCCUAUCUGAUGCUAGCAUGACCAGUAACCCUGGUCCCAACAUCCCACACCAGCCUGCAGUGGAUAUUGAAUGCCCUCAAGAGUUCAAAACCAAAUUUCACCCUUGUAGUGGCCAUGAAACACUCUAUCAAAGGUUCAAGGAGUUCAGUGUCACCCCAGAGAGACAAGCACCUCCUGUAGAUGAAGUACCUUGGCGCCCAUUCCAAUCGCGCAGAGAUUUUGAGUUCUCUGAAAUCACGCUUGAUGCUGCUCUUAACAAGGCGCAGGGCGACACUCAGGUAACACUGAAAAAUGAGGCUGGCCUUCGCACAGCAUUAGAUAAUGCUGCAGCUGAGUUGAUGCCGUUUACCAAGCAUGAAAUCAAGGUACCGUACAAGAAGGAGCAACAAGUUUUUGAGGUACACAUGAGGCCGUUAUGGGACUGGGCCCUUGACCUUUUGGAUAACCCACUACUCGCACCGCAUUUUAUUUGGGACGCACAGCACAUCUACAAACACAAUGACAUGGACUUUGAGCACUUUUUCAAUGAACCGUGGACAGGUGAUUGGUGGUGGGAAAUCCAAAUUGACGGAGAAGCAUCCGAACACGGGAAACCAGGAUACAUCAACCUUAAGCGUGUCAUAUGGCACGAAGCAUUCACCAAGCUUCUCGUCAACCUCAAGCAAUAUUCAAAGACUGGAUAUUUGUAUAUGUGCUACAACAAAAUAAUGCACUGGUUAUUCCCUGUAAUACUAAUACUUUCCACAGAUUACAAAGAACACGUGCAAUGCAAGUGCCUGUGCCCCGUGUGCCUCGUACCACAUGAAGAACUUUCCAACUUGUCCAAGACAUUUGCAAUCAGGUCUGCAAAAGACGCGCAGGCUGCACUCAAUGUUUACAGAUGCAGCAAAACUCAAGGUGAGGAGCUUUUGAAGGCACUAGGAUUACAUGCAGUUGCUUUAAGUCAUAAUGUCCUCUGGCUUAUCGAGCACUCUGACCCUCAUGAUGCAAUGAGCGUUGACAGGUUGCAUACAGUGCAUGGCGGUAUGGGAGGGAAGCAUUUGUUGGGCAAGUUAAAGAUAAUCCUUGGUGAUGUCGGAUGUGAAACCCUAGCGGCAGUUGAGAAAUUUGUUGAGAAGUUCCCUCGAUGGUGUGAUCUCACUCAUUUCACGACCAUCAUCCAUGUCACAUUUACCGAUGGCAACAAGAAGCGGGACUUGGUCAUGCAAGUGUUCUACGCAGCGCUCCCCAUUUUGACACACAAAGCUAGUCCAGAAGGCUAUUACCUUCUUCAUGUCAUUUGCAGCUAUCUACAGCUGGACAGCUUGAUUGGGCUUGACGUGCAUACAGAGAGAACACUUGCAAUGUUAGAUGCUGAAUUCCUUGUCUUUGAUGCUGCUCUCAAGAUAAUCCUUUCUCUUUUCAUUGAAUCAUCCCUACUGACUAAAUCUCAGGACUAUGUGGAAUACGCUACAACUUCCUCUGUUGAAGGAUAUCACAAAGAAAGCCCCCUGAAAGCGGCCUAUCUUUUUCGCUCAAAUGGAAAAGAUGUUGCUAAACAGAUCCUUCGUGUUGAUCACCACAAAUGCACGUCCUUGCUUUUGCGAGGACUUGUGGACACACUUGAUGAACAGUGUCACCUGCAGGCCUUGGGUGAUGCUGCAGAUGGUGAUGACAUCAGCCACAUCACCUUCGAUGGACACAUCAAGCUCGGCUUCUGCAGGAAAUUUUCUGAUUUUGUCAACACAUUGCUGCCAACUUAUGGGUACCAGUUGAUGAGAUGGGUAACCAUUCCGGCUGAUUUCCAGAUCUACGAGCAUCGCUACCUCAAGGUCAAUUAUGAGAAUACUGUUGACUGGAGGCAGUCAACAGACCACCUCCGCUUACUGCAGAAAGGGCCAUCUUUGUUUGGCUCAUACUAA